GUCCGUGCGUUGUUUCCCACCCCCCUCUUCGCUCUUGGUACGCCCCGGGGGCAGAAUGGCCACAGCGGUGGUGGAAGGCUCCAAUCGAGUUCUCAGGGAGGCCAUGCUGCGUUCCAGGCAGAGCGUGAUGGUCGCGCUUUCCCCUGGCUGCUGGCAGCUCCCGCAAGGAGCAAGGCGUUAUUUGCUAACGGAAGAUAUUGUGCAGUUGCAAGGAUUCCAGCAGCAGAAACUGGCAACCGGAUAUAGAAUAUAUGGUGAAAAAGAUACGUAUUUUAGAACUAUUGAAGAAAAGUUAGCAAAAAAUAGACUGAUUCUCAAAGAUGAUUUGAAAACAUUACUACAUUUGUGCCAGACGAAAGAUGAAGUGGAAUUAGUCAAGAGAGUUAUUUACAGGUAUCAUGCAGAAAACAAAAAUGUGGCCUUUGGAGAGUUCAAAUUUGGCCCACUUUUUAUGAGGCUUUGUUAUGAGCUAGACCUUGAAGCAUCUGCAUUGGAACUAAUUAAAGACCAGGCUCUCCAUGGCUUCUUUUCAGACAGCACAUCAUUCAAUAUUUUGAUGGAUAUGCUGUUUACCAAAGGUCAUUAUGAACGUGCUCUGGAAGUGCUGUUAGAAAUGAAGCAGCAAGGCAUAAAAUUCAACAGAGAAACCUAUUUGCUUGCAUUUGCAAUAUGCUACAAACUGAACAGCUCAGAGUCUUGCAAAAUUUGUACCACACUACUUGAAGAAGCCCAGCUCAAAGGAGAUCAGAUGCUAAGAAGAGCAUACUAUUUUGCAGUCGCAUUUGCUCUAAAACAGAAUGAUGUUGCAAAAGCUCGCUCCUAUUUUUCCCAGAUCAUAAACACAGAAAGUAGGAUAUGCAAUAAUCUGAAACUUCUUCUGCAGGCUGCAUCUGGGGACCUAAAUAACCUUGUUCAGACCUUGGAAAGAGCAGCUGAUCCCAGUACUUCAGAUUUUGUGAAAAAGCCUGAGUUCUGUAUGCACGUGCUGACUACAGUCAGGGAGAAACUGGAAGACAAUCCAGCUCUCUGUAUCUGGUUUGAAGAAAUCUUCGCCAAGCUGCAAGCCUCAGGACAGGUGACCUCUCUGUCUCUUGAUGACUUGCUCUGUCAGAUCCCACAGUCAAAGAGACGCCACUUGCAGCUUCUGAAACAAAAACAUGUGAGUCGACGGACUCUGAAGCCUCUACACUCUGCUCUCCUGGCUGAGUAGAUCCCAUGUUUGGACUAUUCUUUCUCAUACUAGAACUAGAAUCCAAUAAAACGUCUCCUUUGUUUAGAAAA